UAGCCUACUGCACAACCACUGGUGCUCGCGUAGGGGAGCGGACUGUGUGAAGAGAAAAAAGCGAGGACUAUACCAAUCACCUGGAAGACGUAAUUCAAUCUGUAUACACUAAUAUUCGGAAUUGUGACUUCAGUGAACAAAAGCUAUGCUGGCGAUUUUUUUGGGAAUGGUGUUGAACCUUGGCAACACUGUAGCAGACUACUCUUUCAACUUGUCUGUUCCUCACGGCCCAAUCCCAGUCCAGCUGGGUUCCUCUGCCACUCUGCCAUGCCAGCUCAACCCUCGCCAUAAUGCUGUAGCCUUCCGAGUUGAAUGGAACCGACUUGAUAAGGACAGUACUGUAGUUCUACUCCGCGAGAACCGGCAGAUCCAGGGGGCAUCAGUUGCUCCUGAGUACAGAGAUAGAGCAUCUCUCAUAGGGGACCUAGAGAAGGGGAACGUGUCUCUGAAACUGGAGAACAUCACACUGGCAGACAGGGGAGAGUAUGUGUGCUUUGUUAAGCACACUACCUGGUAUGAAAGAGCCAGUGUGUCACUGAGCAUGAAAGUUGUAGGUUCGGUCCCAGUACUUUCAUAUACUGAAGUGGGGAAAGACGAGAUGAAUGUUACCUGUGUGUCAGAUGGUUGGUCUUCUCAGCCAACACUUACCUGGAAAUACAAACAAGGACGAGAAAUUGAUAACAACCCAGUCUAUGAAUACUCAAUUGAUGCUGAUGGCCUGGUAAGUGUGGAUUCAUGGCUGCUGGUCUCUCCCUCUAAGUCAGAGUGGAUCUCCUGCUCUGUGUAUUUGUCUGAUCAGGAGAUGAGAGAGAGCAGAGUGAUGCCCCAGAUCACUAGAACACAGACAGAUGCAGUCACCCUGGCCAGCAGCUCUGGCGAAUGGAGAGCUGCAUUCAUAACUAUUUUGGUUCUGGUACUUCUGGAGUUCUCUAUACUUUUCCUGUUACAUCGUAAAGGGUAUAUCAAUAUUGGAAAACAGACAAAAAAAGGGUCGCAUGACGAAAGACCAGAAUGUAUUGGAGAGGAGAUAACUCCACUCCAAUAUCCAACUGAGCAAAAAGUGCAAACUGAGCAAAAAGUGCAAACAGCAGAGAAAGCAGUUACGGAUAACUCAACCAUGACAGAUGCUCAGAUCAUAAAAAUACCAGAACUGGAUAUGGUGAAAGGAAGUGCAGUGAAACUCACUCUGGAUGCUACAAUAGCUCCGACCUUCCUGACAAUAACAAAGAAUGGAAAAUUAGUCACAUGUUCUGAUCCAAAGAAGCAGGCUCCUCAGGGGGACCACCAUCCUCAUGUUCUGUGUAAUGAGAGACUCAGCUCACACCAGCACUACUGGGAAAUCACAGGAUAUUCUGGAGUUAUGGGUAUUGCUUCACAACACCUGUACAACAAACAGUUCUGGUAUGCAGGAGUGUGUUCAGCAGCAGCUGCAGUAAGUAAAGUAAAGUCCCCUGUAAGUCCAGAACAUGGCUUCUGGGUCCUCCAUUAUCGGAAGGGAACAGGUUAUUUUGCCAACACUGAGCCCACAACCCAUAUACCAGUGGCAAAAGAGUUUAACACACUUGGAGUGUAUUUAGACUGUGACAAACACACAUUAUCAUUUUAUGAUGCUCAAAAUAAACAACAUCUUUGUAUAUUUUAUAAUAUUCCACCGCUGAAGACACUUAUUCCUCUAAUAUGUCCUGGAGUUAAAGACAAAGACUGCAUCCAAAUAAGUUAACUAGUGUUUCCUCUAGUGACUUUUUAAAUGUAGAGUAUUAUAAGAUUCAGGGUCAGACAGCUUCCUUUUGCCUAUCAUGACUUACUUUGGUCUCUAUCAGAAACAGUAAUCUGUCCUUUUUACAAAUCAUCAAAUAACUACCCUUCCAUCACUACAACAGAAACAAAAAGUGCUAACAUAGAAAAAAGACAUACAACCCUUAAAGAAAUUUGAGGUUUGGUGAACAGUUGCCACAAAUUUGCGGCAAGGUCAUAUUUUCACAAGCAAAUUAGGUUUCUGGCAAACAUUUAACUUUUGGCAAUGUUGCAGCAAAUUAGGUUUG